AUGGACGCGGCCCUGGGUAGCCGUAUCCUUAAUGAGGUGCGUGGUGAAAGUCUAGAAGAGAUCCUCGACAGCAUCCGGAACGCUUACAACCAAGGCACGGCACACGAGGGGGGUUCAGCAACAAAUUAUAAAAUCAAGACCACAGGGAUGGAUGAAUUAGACGAAAUUGUUGCCCAACACUUUCGAAGCACUAAAAUCGGAGGACUGUCCGUCACGGGCCGUUAUCUUCCACUCAUAUACAAAGUCGCAUCUACUCUUGCCUCAGCCCCCAACAACAAAGCCAUCAUCAUCGUCGACUAUGAAGGCCGGUUUCAAGCUUCUAGGUUGACGUGUAAUAAAUCCGAUCUCGAGCACAUAUACGUGAUGCGACCGGCUGAAAACACGCGCGAUCAGGCAAGAGACAUCAUCAUCAACACCGAAAACUACAUACUAUUUAAUCACCUAGCAAGGCACAGCGCCGUCCGAGAGCUCUGGGGAACGAUGGUGCUUGGUGGAGUGGGAGGCGGUGAUAUCACAGCCGGAUGGAAAGGCUGGCUCCGUGUCGACCGAGAGGAAGUCCGGCCCUUCCCACCAAACACCAGUAUUGAGGUGGCGCUGCGGCGGCGAGAGGAGCGCCAAAGAACGGUCGAUGCUGCCGGGUGGCAAGUAUCAUCCGCAUGGGGAGGAUUCGUCUUCCAUGACAGUCGAAUCUGA